AAGUACACUAACAUCCUGUGGAAAGGCAGUGUGCUGCCAGCUGCUGAGCUCAGCAGGCUAAAGGGGCCUCAACACAUCACCAAAGAUGGAUGAAGAUGAUGAAACAAGCUCCCGUGUCCUCCGUGUGCCUGUGAGCAGCAGCACCCUCCCUCCCUGCGCUCCGCGCGCACUCCGGAGUUGAGGAUGAGGACGCAGGACAUCAGGACCCUGUCUCUCAUCCUCUCUGUUGUUCUCUACCUGCUUAUAGGAGCCGCCGUCUUUGACGCGCUGGAGUCAGACAGCGAGAGUUCAAGGAAAAAGGCGCUGGAGCAGAAGCUGAACGAGUUGAAGAAGAAGUAUGUCUUCACCGAGGAUGACUACCGACAGAUCGAGAGAGUGGUCCUCCUGUCGGAGCCGCACCGCGCCGGGAGCCAGUGGAAGUUCGCCGGCUCUUUUUAUUUUGCAAUCACUGUUAUCACCACAAUUGGUUAUGGCCACGCUGCUCCACGCACUGAUGCUGGCAAGGCCUUCUGUAUGUUUUACGCUCUCCUGGGCAUCCCUCUGACACUGGUCAUGUUCCAGAGCCUGGGUGAGAGGAUCAACACCUUUGUCCGCUACCUCCUGCGCCGAACCAAGCACAGCCUGGGCUUAAGGAAGACAGAGGUGUCCAUGGGGAACAUGGUCCUGGUGGGUAUGUUGUCGUGCAUGAGCACCCUGUGUAUCGGAGCUGCAGCCUUCUCCCAUUUUGAGGACUGGACCUUCUUUAAUGCCUACUACUACUGCUUUAUCACGCUCACCACCAUUGGAUUUGGGGAUUUUGUGGCCCUGCAGACAACAGACGCUCUCCAGAAGCGACCCCCCUAUGUGGCAUUUAGCUUCAUGUACAUUUUGGUCGGGCUGACAGUCAUCGGCGCUUUUCUUAACCUGGUGGUCCUCAGAUUUCUCACAGUCAACACAGAGGAGCCUGACGUGAGGCCUGAGGCAGCAGUAGAGGAGCAGGGAGCGCAGCCUAAGGAUGCACCGGGGGACAGAGAGGUGUCGGAGGCAGAAUCAGAAACUGCUGAUGUUAGCUACAAAGACCGCCAAGAUGGACACAGCAACCUGUGCAACCUGAGUCUUCCCAUGGCGGGAGGCACCAGCUGUAUGAAUCUCCUCCCCUCUCCUGUGGAAGAGCGCAGACUUGUUUCAUCUGAGCACUCAAAUCUCUCUGAACCAAGCAGACUCAGGGCCUUGUUCUCCUUCAUGUGCUGUGGCCUGGACAUUUGCAACAGCCCCUCUCCGCCUCACUGUGACCAGGCGGGUGGGCACAGCAACCCCGUUUUUUACAACUCCAUCUCCUACAGAGUGGACCAGGGCUCCUGCAGCUCCUGCAUCACGUCCUCAGAGGCUUCCCCCAGCAGCGUAGCUCUCUGUAAGAACAAUCUUCUCACCAGGAGGAGGUCGUUAUAACUCUGAAACUGAGUUCGUAGCCUUUGUUUUGGGCUUUUUGUACACACCACAGAACUCUGAUUUUCAUCUUGGUGGAACAAACUGCUCAGUUUCCUUCCUGGUCAUGAAUGUAGCACUACUGCCAGAGAAAAUGUAGCAUUUCAUGAAAACCAGUUACAGUUUAUAAUAUAUUUUUCUACAUUAAA